AUGGCUCCACCACUGAAGACUGGCGGGCGCAAUUUCUCUUAUUCUUUUGUGAAUCCGAAUAUGAAUUCUGUUGAGUGUUUGGCAAAGAAGAUCACGCCGGAUGAGUCAACCAAUUUCCGAGAAAAAUAUGGGUACAUUCUGAGCCUCCUCAAGAUGCCAUUCACCAAGUAUGAGCAAGAGGGAGUUCAUACUUUGCUUCAGUUCUAUCAUCCUUCCCUCCGUUGUUUCGCAUUCACUGAUUAUCUUUUGGCCCCUACCUUGGAAGAGUAUUCGUCAUUCCUUGGCAUUCCUGUUGGGAAAGAGGUACCUUACUAUAGCACCAUGAAGGCCCCCGAUUCCAUUGAAAUUGCUAAGGCUCUUUAUUUGAGCAAGUCGGUCGUGGAAGCAAAUCUCACCAAGAAGGGAGGAAGUUUUGGUUUUCGUAUGGAGUUCCUGGUUAAGAGAGGUUGUGAUGCUGCUGAAGCCAAAGAGUGGGACACUUUUAGAGCUAUCUUGGCUCUAAGUAUCUAUGGUAUUGUGAUGUUCGCAAAUGUACCUGACUUUGUUGAUAUGAAUGCCAUCCACAUAUUCAUUCUGCAAAACCCCGUUCCCACACUUCUGGGGGAUGUUUAUCAUUCCGUUCAUCACCGGAAUGGGCAGAAAGGAGGUUUGGUUAGAUUCUGUGCUCCGUUGCUAUACCGUUGGUUCAGAUCACAUUUGCCGGAACGUGGAGCUUUUGUUGAUAGUAGGUACACAUCUAAAUGGGCUGAGAGGAUUAUGGGGCUUAGAGCUAAGGACAUUGUCUAG